CACUCAAAUUGUUGCCUGGCGAUGUGCUCGCAGCUUGUCAACCGCACGAUCCAGUUACUGUAGCUGCCUGCUGCAAUGAAAAUAUCGUCGUUGGUGGGUGGAUAUAUGGGCCCAGUUCCAUCAUUUUUCCCCCCAAAGAGUGACUGAUUGAAGACAAGCGACUGAGGAAGGCAUGUGGUGGAUAUUAUGGCUUACAGCAAGCGUUCGCCUCUCAGGAGCCGACAGCUGGCCGCCUCGUGUCAUCCUGUAGCCGGGGCCCCUGUGCCUGAGCUCCAUGCCCCUCACACAACAAACCUUUUGACUUCAUGAAGAUCCCUGACAUUGGUGAUGUAAUGAAUAAAUUUGAAGUCCUUGGGAUUGUGGGUGAAGGUGCCUAUGGUGUUGUUCUGAAGUGCCGACACAAGGAGACCAAUGAAAUUGUGGCCAUUAAGAAAUUCAAGGACAGUGAAGAAAAUGAGGAGGUUAAAGAAACAACGCUACGGGAGCUUAAGAUGCUCCGCACCCUCAAGCAGGAGAAUAUUGUUGAGUUGAAAGAGGCCUUCCGCAGGAGAGGGAAGCUCUAUCUUGUUUUUGAGUAUGUGGAGAAGAAUAUGCUCGAGCUGCUCGAGGAGUUACCCAACGGUGUGCCGUCUGAGAAAGCGCGCAGCUACAUCUUCCAGUUAAUCAAAGCAAUUCACUGGUGCCAUAAGCAUGAUAUUGUUCACCGAGACAUAAAGCCAGAAAACCUUCUCAUCAGCUCUGAUGACGUCCUCAAGUUGUGUGACUUUGGUGAGCGCCUCUAUGAAACCCUCACACUGUUUCCUGCUGUGAACCACCCCAAACUUGGAGCGAAAUACCUGGGAAUCAUCGCGAGCCUGCUCGACCUGCUGAAGAGCCUGCUGUUGCUAAACCCGACAGAGCGUUUUCUCACAGAGCAGAGCCUCAACCACCACGCCUUCCAGACCCUGCGGCUGGUGGAGCGGCCUGGCCCACCCACUACACCUGUACGCUCCUCCAAGAGAAAACCUCACCACGGAGACAACACCACCCCCAGCAGGAGUCAUGGGGGAAAGAGUUCAGGAAGCCACCGCUCCAGCAGCAGAGAGUGCUCCAGCUUACCCCGACACGAAGACCUCCACCCUAACAACGACAGCUUUCUCAACGGCAACAUGCCAGCAGGCAUCAAUCUUAGUCCCACCCUGCAUCCCAAGAACUACCAGCCGCAGAUCUUCAACCACUCCACUGCCUGCAGCAUGGACCUGGCCAGCAGCAACUUGCCUCAUCUGCUCAGUCCCAGUGAGGCCAAGAGCAAAGGCGACUUCGAGAUGAACUUGGGGUCCAAGGUGUCCGACGGCCCGGCCAAGUACCUCAAAUCCAACUUCCGCUCACAGCAGAACCGUCACUCUUUUGUGGAAGGGAAGACCAACACGCUUCAGUCGGGGGACAAACACAGUAGACACAGCUACAUGGAAUCCCACAGCUCCACGCCUUCCUCUAAGUUUGCCUACCUGAACUUGUCCAAGAGCUAUGGCACGCUCAGCGAUGCCAAGUCAGUGGGGAACUUAAAUGAUGUGCAUCUUUAUGCAGAUGAGCCUACAUCUCGUUAUUUUCCCUCCAGCUGCCUUGAUCUCACAGCUCCGAGCAGCCCAGUACCUCGCAGAGUAGACAGACUGGGACCUGGUGGACGAGGAAGCAUGCGUUCUGACAGAGAGAGCAACACUCUGGACUCUUCCUACAGACGCUCCUCCACCCGCCAUAAGACAUCAGAGGAGGCCAAGUCACCAGAUGGUCUUGAUCCUGGAGACAGUGGCAUCGAAAGGAGCCAUUCUCACUCUCUGUCGGCCCCACAUGACCCUCUGGCUUACGGUCAGGGAUACACCAGCCCCUUCUCCUCCCAGCAGCGGCCGCACCGCCACUCCAUGUACGUACGUAGGGACCACCAGAGGACACACGGGGCAGACGAGGGGCUGUCGGUCGGGCAGGGAAUUCCCACCAGAGCCAGCAGCCUCCAGCUCCUGUCUCCACAGCUGCAGCACCGCACGCUGCCCCGCCACUCUGGAGGCUCCUCCAGAGAAGAAGACCUGAGCAGGAGCGAACAGGCACCCACUGAGGUCACCCACAGCAGACCCCCAAUAAGGGACUCCACCAGGGACAACACCGCAUCUUUUCACACACAGCGGCAAAAAAGCGAGGUUGGCUUAUAUCAUGACCAACAAACAGAAGAUGGGGGCUCUUCCAAAGAGAACCGCAAUAUCUACAGUGAAUCCAUGCCUCGGCGGGUGGGCAGCUUCUACAGAGUCCCUUCUCCCCGGCCAGACAACUCCUUCCAUGACAGCAGAGGUCAGAGUCGGGGCUCCGGCUUGUCUGGGGACGGCAGCAGUUUGUCAAAUCACUCCAAACGUCAGCCUGCCUUUGACCCCUGGACUGGCCCAGAUACUGUAGUCUUGAAUGCCUCUGAGCCAUCCAAAGAAAAGGAGAAACAGGGUUUCUUCAGAGCAAUAAAGAAGAAAAAGAAAAAAUCACAACUGAUGCAAGUCCCUGAAGGAAGGCCUCCUGUCAUCAAGAAAUGUCUUUUCCCUCUGUUUAGCCCAAAGAAUAACAUAAAGCAUAGUUCCUCUGUGAGAGUCCUCCCUGUAGUGUCUUCUCCCAUGGCUCCUAAUGAAGGUGUGGACUCAGUCAUCCAGAAGUCCUCCAGGUCCUCGAGUCACCAGAGCAGCCGACACAGGUCUCGUGACAAGAGCAGAGAUCGAGACCAAGACCGGGACCGAGACAGGGACAAGGACUGGCCGCCAGAGAAACUGUCCGAUUCGCACUCUCCAAGUCAGCCACUGAAGUCACUGCGCAAACUCCUGCACCUCUCAUCCUCGUCCUCCAACCAGAACCCUCCCUCUGAUAUGCGCUACCAGCCGCUGCCUAACUCAGCCUCUGCUCAAGGUGGUUUCACUGAGAGCCGAGGUCACUCAGGGGUCAGCACGCCCCAGCUCAAGAGCCGACAGGCAGCCUACCCACUGCCCGGACAGCUGGAGUCCGGCUGGCACUCGUCUGCCCUGGGCCGCCCCGAGGGCAACCCCUACCCCGAGCAAAUGAGCAUCAAGGGAGGCCAGAACGGGCACGGCUUCGGACGCCCGUCCAGAUCUCGUAUGCCAAACCUCAACGACCUGAAAGAGACGGCGCUGUGAUCUCCAUCAGCCUGCAGCUCUCAUAACCACUUCAGACUCCUCCUUAUUCCCCUCUGAUGCUCCUCCUGCUCCCUUGUAUAACAGUACACCUGCUCAACACACACACACACAUCUAUACACACACACACACACACACACACAUAGACACACACAGAUACCAAACCUUCAGUUUUACACACUGCUUGCAAACAGGCCAAAAGCCUUUUUAUGUCUUAAUUUUUUUUAAAGCUUCCAUGUUUGAUAGACUUUAUAUUAUUACUUAUGUAAUUCUGAUUAUAAUUUGUAUUAUAAAGUAAAUAUAUUACAAAUUAAAUAUAUAUAAAUGGAUAGAUAAAGUGUAGAUUUUAAGUGUAAGUAUUUUGGUUUCUAUUAAAUAUAGAAAUAUAGUACAUUUUACUGCGUAGUAUUUCCUUAAGACUAUUCUAAGGCAUUCUAAACAAAGUUUUAUCAGUUGUUACAAUAGAGAUUGGUAAUGUCAGUAACUUGUGUUCAUCUCACCCAGGAUUGUAACUCUCUGUCCAAGCUGUCUUGCCUUUGGAUGUGCCGUCAGACGGGUUACAGAUGCUCAAAUGUGCAACUGCGCAGUCUUGUUCUUAAAUUAUAGCUGUAGUAAGGGCAGUUUCUCUGAGUUGGCGCUGACAAUCUGAAAGCUUAGACCUGAUCGCUCUGUUUUUUUUUAAGGAUAUUUAGGUUUUUAUGUCUUUAUGAAGUGCAGCCAUUUUAGAAACUAUGGUGCCAUAAACUAACAGAAAUCCUAACCAACAUCGCCCUCUGCGGGAGAUCAUGAAGCACUGCAUUCACUGUCUGCUGACUGAGAUUGUCGAGCACUGACAUGUAGGCACUGACUAUAAACCAUCAUUUCAUAUUAUAAACCGAUAUUAUAUGAUUAAAACUGUGGUUAAUCUUUUCAAAUAGAGCAAACCGUAUUAAAAAGUAUUACCAAAAUGUUUAUCUCUGUAAAAGUGUCAUAAUAACACACCCUUAUAGAUGAAAUAUAUAGUAGUACAAACUUGAUGCUUUGCACUGCUUUAAGCAAAGGAUCCAGUUAUUAGCAAGGAUAUGUGAAGUUUAUACUUGUGUUUCUCUCUGAUAACUUCCCUCACUACCAGGAUCCAAUGAAGGCAGUCUGUUGCUUCACUUCCAAGUGGUUUUACUUGUUUAAGCGGUUAAAGACAUACACCCAAAACACUAUAUAAAGUUUAACUGCUGUAAAAAAAAUAUUUAUAAGAUAUGAGUAGUGUUUUUUUGUCCACAGUCAAUGUUAGAAGGUUAUUUUUUACAGCAGCUAGAGGAACCUAAAAGCCAUUCUGGGUGUAAUGGUGCAGUGACUUCCAACUUUUUUGUGUGUAAUGUCCUCCCACAGCCCUCUGAAGCACGAUUUUAUCCUUCCAUUUAUAUUAAAGUAGUUUUCAUACAGUUAAACUGAAAUUUUUCAUAUUUACAUUCAUAGUGCUGCCGCUUAAGAGUGAAACCAGUUGAACAUUUCAAUGAUUUCUUUUUUUUAGCUAACUGUUUUAGCCAUCUAUUGAACACUUUUAGCAAUUUCAACUACUUAGUCAUUACCUUUAGCUAACGUUUAUACAUUUAUACGCUAAUUUGGCUGUUCAACCUGUUUAUACAUAACUUUUAGCAGUUUUUUUCUACUUUUAGCUGUUUCAUUGUUUUAUUUAUUACUUCUGGCUCCUUCUACGACGUAUCCAUUACCUACAUUUUUCAACCAUUUUUUUCUCUACGCACAGCCUUUUCAUUGUGUUAUUUAUUACUUUGGCUGGUUCCAGCACUUACCCAUUAAUUUUAGCUAACUGUUUUACUAAUUUAUUUCAUGCUUUUAGCUAUUUUUUACAACCAUUUUUGUUUGCUUUUAGCUUUUUACUUGUUUUAUUUUUCAUUGUUUGGCUGUUUCUGCUGCUUUUCAUUACUUUUAGCUCACACUUUUAGCUUUUUUUUCAUACUUUUAGCUAAAAUUGUAACCAUUCCUUUCUACUUUCAGCUAAAUUUUCAACUAUUUCUUUCUACGUUAGCUAGUCAUUGUUUUAUUUAUUACUUCUAGCUCCUUCUACGACGUAUCCAUUACUUUCAAGUAAAUUAGUUACAUUUUUCAACCAUUUUUUUCUCUACUUAUAGUUUUUAGUUCUGUUAUUUAUUACUUUGGCUGGUUCUACCACUUACCCAUUACUUUUAGCUAGCUGUUUUACUGAUUUAUGUUAUAGUUUUAGCUAAUUUUUGUCUGCUUUUAGCUUUUUACUUGUUUUAUUUUGUAUUUGGCUGUUUCUGCUGCUUUCCAUUACUUUUAGCUCACACUUUUAGUCUUUUUUCAUACUUUUAGCUAAAAUUUCCAACCAUUUCUUUCUACUUUUAGCUGUUUCAUUGUUUUUUUUUUCAUUACUUUCUGCUGUUUCAGCUGUUUCCCCAGGACUUUCAGCUCAUUGUUUCAACCCUUUAUCAAUUUCUCUUUGCUUUUUCACCUUUCCUUACUUACAUUUAUGCUAGCUAGCUAUGUUAACUGUCCAUUUCAUUUAGUUUUUUUCACUAUAUGUCUAUAGUUUAGCUAAUUAUCCCACCGUUUCAUCACUACCAAUAACUUGCUCACCCUUUUCUGCUAGCUAACUUCCUGCAAAAGGCAUAAUUUUACAGUAAACUAUUAUUUUUCCAGCUGACUUUAAUCAAAUUUAAUGUGUUUUUUCAAAUUAUCUCGGCUACAGCCUUUCCAUGUGCACCUACUGAAGCAUCCCUCAGGCUACACCUGGUUGGGAAUCACUGCUCUACUGUAUUCUUAACCGCUUUCUCACACUGAACCACUUGGAAUGAGCUUUUAAGGAACCUUAAAGUGGAAACACGGCGGGGGCAGAAUCUGUACUGUAACAUUGUGUUCUGUUGGAAAUAAAGUGCCAUGAGAGUAGCUUGGCAGAACUAAAUCCUAACCUUUUUUUAAUGUUGCACUUUGAAGAGACUGUGUGGCUCAGCAAUAUUGCUCCGACUCUGUAAAUUCUUCCUCACUUCAUGUUCAUCACGUGUGAAGACUGACACUCUGCAGUAACACACUGAGUCCAGACAUGACCGUAUCGUAUUGUGUGUUGUGCAUCUGUAAGGACUGUGCACACUCUGUACUUGACACAAUACAUUUCUCUCUUUGGAUUUUCGUUUCGCUGAAGGAGCACCGUGUAUUAUAUUAAUACUGAUGUGUGACUACUUGUUUGGUAAUAUUUAUAACAGAAGAUGUUUAUCAGCUGUUUAAAUGAAAUCAAGUAUUAAGUUUGUGCUUUUAUUACAGACACAAAUUAGUAGCAUAGUCAGUGUUUAUCUGCUUUUUUUUCCAACAAGAGCAUUUACAUGAGAACAUAAACCCACAGAUGAAUGCUUAACAAUUUUAAAAUAUUCAUGUUUACAUAUGUACCAGUAAAUCUCAAAUAAAACAAGCUCAUUUGAUUUGA